AUGAACGGUCAGUUGAAAGUUCUCUCUACCAGCUUGAGCUCAACGUUUUUACUGCCCACACACAUGCGUAAAGUCGAGCACAGCUGCAAGAGGAAUACAUCACUGUGUUGCGAAACUCAGCAUACCAUACCAAUCUCUAAUUAUCUUAUUCUUCAUCCUGGCCUUCAAAGCUUCACGUCUAACCUCUUCUGA